ACAAUAAUUUCUCCCCUUGUUCAUUGAAUGAGACAAUAUUCCUAAAACAAGAAGGUAGCAGGAGCUUGGCUAUAUAAUAAAGCAGGAAUAAAUUUCAAGGAAUCGAAGAUGGCAGUCAACGUUAGCAUGCGAGAGACAACAGUGGUGAGGCCAGCAGCGGAGACUCCUGGGCUGUCACUUUGGAUCUCAAACUUAGACAUGGUGAAGACCAACACUCACACUCCUCUUGUUUAUUUCUACAAGCCAAAAAACAUAGCUGGUGCAGGCGAGGACAACAAUUUCUUUGACAUGCACGUGCUGAAGGACGCGCUCAGCAAGGCCCUUGUGCCCUUUUACCCGUUCGCCGGUCGCCUACGGCAGAAAAAGGACGAAGGAGAGAAUGGCCGUAUCGAAAUCGAUUGCAAUGCAGAGGGAGCCUUGUUUGCUGUGGCCGAUAGCAGCUCUUGCAUUAGUGAUUUUGGUGAUUUUGCACCCACUCCCGAAUUCGGGAGAGGGCUCAUCCCCAUAGUUGAUUAUUCAGCUGGGAUAUCUUCUUUUCCCUUGUUGCUGGUUCAGAUCACAUACUUGAAAUGUGGUGGAGUGGCACUUGGUCUUCGCGUGGACCCUCGUGUAUCGGAUGGAUUAUCUACUUUCCACUUCAUAAAUACAUGGUCUGAUAUGGCUUGUGGUCUCGAGGUUGCAAUUCGGCCAAGCAUGGACCGGACGAUACUUCUUGCCCGAGACCCACCUCGGCCUUUACCCGACCACAUUCACCACAUUGCAUACCCUCCUCGAAAUAAGCAUGAGCGCACUUCAGCAACAACGGUUACAAAAUUUAGAUUUACAAGGGAGCAGCUCAAUGUCUUGAAAGCUAUGUCAACCAUGACUAUAGCGGAUGGGGAUGAUAUGAACACUUUACCUGUCAAGUUUACCUCAUUUGAGGUGUUUGCAGGUCAUGUAUGGAGAUGUGCCUGCAAGGCACGUGAACUAGCUAAUGAUCAAGAAACUAUAUUAUACCUUUUUGUAAAUGGAAGGUCCAGAUUACAACCCCCUCUGCCACCUGGUUACUUCGGCAAUGUGGUUUUCAGAGCCACAGCAACAGCCUUAGCAGGGGAUCUCAUAUCGAAACCAAUAUGGUAUGCUGCACGCUGUAUUCACAAUGCUUUGGUGCGUAUGGACGAUGAUUAUCUUCGAUCAGCAAUCGACUACCUGGAACUUCAGCAGCGUCAUCAGGAACUGUCAAGCCUUGCUCAUGGGACUCAUUAUAGGUGUCCUAAUCUUGAGAUAAAUAGCUGGUGUAAAUUGCCCAUCUAUGAUGCUGAUUUUGGGUGGGGUAGACCAAUUUCCGUUGGGCGUUCUGAAAUUCCAAGUGUAGGGAAGGGCUACAUGGUACCUAGUGCAACUGAUGAUGGGAGUUUGUCACUAUCCAUUAGUCUGCAAUCUCAGCAUAUGAUAUCAUUUUCCAAGAACGUCUUACUUAACCACCCUCGGAUGUAAAUCCAAUGCUGAAAAUAUUUAAGAUGAAUUGUUUUAUUUUCCUC